CUCGCCUGAGGCAGGAUCGCGGCGCACGUGCGAUUAACUGGCUGACCGCUCCUCUGGCGCUGGCUUCUCUUUUUGGGGCAGUCGCUUGGGGCCUUGCGACCUGGGUCCCUCUCAGUGGCUCCAGCCCUGCUGACGCCUCUUUAACCCAUUUUUAAAAUGACUUUCUGGAAGGCGGCAGGACACUAGACAGCCAUGGAUCACCAUGCUAGGCACAUGCAUCUGCCUAGAGCUGAUGCCAUUCGUUCUCGUCGCAUUGACCUGGAGCUUUUUCAAGCCUCUGGCCAGCCUGUUCCACUUUUCACGACCCGGGAGAUACUUGAUCCUUCCCUUCAGAAGCCACUUAGAUUGAGAGAUCAACACCAGCAAGUGCGCUUCUCCACAAAGGCCCGGCAUUUAGGACGGGUUUCACAUGCCCAGCGACUGCUGUGUAGAUUUCACGUUCGCCAUAGUCCUUGGCCACCUCUUUCCCUGUGGGCUGAAUGGGUUUUGGAGCAUCCUUGGUUCAAGAACCUCAUCACUUUCCUCAUCAUUUUGAAUGCAAUUGUACGGAUGAUUACAAUAGAAUUGCUGGAUUCUACAAACAACAGUCUGUGGCCACUGAAGCUGUCUUUGGAGGUGGCAGUUUGGUUUAUCCUGCCCGUUUUCACUGUGGAAAUCCUUCUGAAGUGGGUAGCCAGCUUCUCCCUCUUCUGGAAGAAUGCCUGGAAUGUAUUUGACUUCACUGUCACCCUGUUGCCCUUGCUUUAUGAAAUCCUGGUGCUGGGCGGGGUAACAGGCCAUCCUGUGUGGCUUGAGCUGCUGAGUAUCUGCAGCGUGAUGCGCUGUUUCCAGCUCUAUGCACAGUUCCAUCAAGUCCGCGUUAUUAUUUUGGCCCUGGUCAGGACCUUUAAGAGCAUCCGAUUUCACUUCAUGUUGCUGCUCCUCCUCGUCUACAUUUUUGCCGUGGCUGGUGUCUACUUCUUUAAGGAUUACACCCGUUCAACUCGCCAGGACCUGGUGUACAAGGAGGCCUUCUUGGGCCUGCCAUAUUCCCUAAUAACCGUCUUCAUCCUCUUCACGAUGGAUCACUGGAACGCGCUGCUCCGGGACAUCUGGAAGGUGCCGGAAGUCAGCUCUGUCAUCAGCAGCACCUAUAUCAUCCUCUGGGUGCUGCUGGGCUCCAUUAUCUUGCGAAAUGUCAUAAUAAGCACAAUGGCUAAUAACUUCCGGGACAUUCGGGAUGAGCUGGAUAAGGAGAUGGCACAUCUGGCAGCUCAGCACAAGGCUGAUGUCCUCAAGCUGCAGAUCCUCAGGAGGAGACAGAACCUGUCCUUUACAACACUGAGGUCAAGCCACAGCAAAAUCAAUCCCAGAGAAGUCAGGCGACACAGGAUGUCUCUGGACUUCCAAGAAGCUUCCUCUGAAAAAGAGUUUAAAAACAGUGCUGUUGAAAAGGACCUGACAGUUUCUUCCAAACUAACAAAAGAGUCCUUGAUCAAAAGAGAAGAGUCCUCAUCUUCCUCCACUACAUCCUCCUCUUCAGAGUAUGGUGAUCAGCUGGACUGGGAGAACCUGGUGCACCAGAAUCUCCCUGAGCUCCUGGAAAUGGAUCGGGACGAGUACACUCUGUGGCCCCGAAAUUUACUCUUGCGCUAUCUUGAGUUGCUGGAAGAGCUUCAGUAUAAUCUGGAGGAGCGGAAAGAGUUGCAGCAGUUGGCAGCACAGGCACUGAUGAAUUUCCAAGACAGGUAAUGCCCACCACGAAUGGCUUCAAGAUUUUUGGGCCCAGCAAAAGAUAAUGAAGGACAUAGUUGGAAAUAGAAAUUCAAAAUUAUCAGUGUCUAAUAAAUACUACGAAUAAUACUGCCAUUGAGCAAGCUAAUUAUGCCUCAGACACAGGGUUUACCGAAAGCCCUGAGGACAGGCAGAAAAGCCCCUUUCCAUGCCAGUGGGCCCUGAGCCAGGCUUCUCUCCUCUUCACAGGCCUGAGUCAGAUUCCCUUCAUUGUGGUGUUUUAGCCCAUCCCUCUUGCAACCUGUGCUUCCUGCUGAGAGUCCUAAUUGUACUUCUCCCCCAUGACGGAGGCUGCACAGGCCUCUGUAUGGGAGGAGCAGGCCCCAGAGGUGCCAGGCAGCAUGACUGCUUGAGAAGUGUCAUUCCCACACACGGUCUGCCCUGCUCAGGCUGCGUCUCCUGUGCAGCAUGCACCUCAAUGGCGAAGCACAUACUGGCCUCUGAGGCUGAAAGACAGUUCCUUUCUUUAUUCCAUUACUUUGCCAUUGCUCAGGGCAAUGGUCAAAGCAGUAGGUGUUCAACAGAAACACUGUGUGUGUGUGUGUGUGUGUGUGUGGUGUAUUGCACCUGGGGUCUCACAGACAGACAAGCAAGCCCUGUACCCUGAGCUAGCCCCCAGCAGGAGCACCUUUUAUUUUUGGUACCGGGGAUCGAACUCGGGCCCUUGCGCUUGCACAGCAGGUGGCGAAACCACUGAGCUAAAUCCCCCGGCCCUAGGAAGACCUUUUAGAAUAUCACUGAAAGGCGAGCCUCUCGCUGCUGAUCACUGUUUGUGGUUACUGGUGACUUACUGUUGGAAGGGAUCCUGCUCCAUUAUUGGAUGGCUGAAGUCUUUAGACUUGCUUGUUGGAAGAAUUCGAUCCCAGAGUGCUUGAUGUAUAUGAAGAUAUUUUCAUCUAUAGUACAUAUCUAUACGGACUAUAGUCGUAGACUCUCUGUAUAUGAAAUAUGUGUGUAUAUUCCAUAAAAUAACAAUGUAUGGAGAUACUGUUCUCCCAUUUUUUAGACACCAGAAAAUUGAGACUUAAAAAGUGUCUUAGUUACCUUCUCUUUGCUGGGACAAAAUACCUGACACCCACCCACUUAAAGGAAGAAAGG